CAUCUUUGUUAACCCACACCACUACAAAUCUCUCCCGUAGCUCACUUUAAAUCCCACAAUUAGUUAGAAGCAGAAAGAAACUUAAUAAGUUAAAAACGGAGAAUAUGGGAGAAAGAGUGAUAGAGCCAUUGAUAAUGGGAAGAGUGGUAGGAGAUGUUCUCGAUUUCUUCACUCCAACAAUUAAAAUGAAUGUGAGCUACAACAUGAAGCAAGUCUCCAACAGCCAUGAGCUUUUUCCUUCCUCUGUCUCCUCCAAGCCUAGGGUUGAGAUCCAUGGUGGUGAUCUCAGAUCCUUCUUCACCUUGGUGAUGAUAGACCCUGAUGUUCCAGGUCCUAGUGACCCCUUUCUAAAAGAGCACCUGCAUUGGAUAGUAACAAACAUCCCCGGUACAACCGAUGCUACAUUUGGAAAAGAGGUGGUGAGCUAUGAGUUGCCAAGGCCUAGCAUAGGGAUACACAGGUUCGUGUUUGUUCUGUUCAAGCAGAAGCAAAGACGUGUUAUCUUCCCAAACAUUCCUUCGAGAGAUAACUUCAACACUCGAAAAUUUGCGAUCGAGUAUGAUCUUGGUCUUCCUGUCGCUGCUGUCUUCUUUAACGCCCAGAGAGAAACUGCAGCUCGAAGACGUUAAUCACGUUUAUGCCUAUCAAAUGCAAAAACCAAAAAUUAAUAAAAUGUUUAUUUCUGUUCUAAAUAAUUAGCCAUGUUUGUUUUUAUGU